UUGACUAUGGAGUCGCAUUGAAUGGUUCUUGAUUAUUAGGUUAUGCGCACAAACGAAAAAUUGUCGCGCAACAAUUUUAUCGCUUUUACUCGCAUCAAUCAAAAGUCCAAUUUCUUCUCCUUCGAGGUAUUAACAAAAGAGUCGUCCUGCAAUCGCGUUGUUCAUAUUUAAAGGAUGCGCUUAUCGUGCUUUCGUAAGUGAAAAGAUUGUGGCGCGAAAAAUUGUCGCUAGUGCGCUCAUAGUUUUUGUAGUCGACGCGUGUACCGGAGAGAUUAAGAUGGGUGAAACGUAACAGGAUUUAUUUGUAAACGACGUGAACGGAGUUUAUGCACUGAUUCGCGUAGUAAAAUGUGUACAUAGUACACGCGACACUACUUGAUUUUCAUUAGUUUACAUUCACUCCAGUAAACUCGUUUCAUGCCUAAUUCACGCAUUUCAAUUUUUCGAAACUCGAUGGAUAUCUUAUUCGUUUCUGACACUUUUUCUUUAGCACACGCAUUUUUGCUUAUUGUGUAUACCUAAAAACGAAGUUAUGUCAUAGACAUAGUCUUGUACUUUUACUUCCGCGAAAGGUAGAAAAUAGUUUCUUACGAACGUAAAAUGAAAAUGGACUACAUAGUUUUCUUAGACGGUAAUUUAUUCGAAGUGAGUGCAUCAACGAAAACCAGAGUUACUGAUGACGAAGCUGUUACUUUCUACGAAUUAUUUUACAUUUUGCAAAUAUCUCAAGGUCUCGCGCUUUAUCAAGAUGGAAAAUCUCGAAAGAAGAGGACGAAGAGAAAAACAGAGACCAUCGAUAAAUCAUCGAUCUGAUCAAUUUUGAGAAACUGGUGGGGGAUCGGGGAACGAGAGCUACACAUACAUAGCGAUACGGAGCAUCAGCGAGAGAGUAAGAGGGAAAGCGCAGGGUGGCAAACGCCGAGUUGCCACCCCUCGUCAGCUGUCCUGUACGAGGCAGCCAGUACGCGUCGUGGCUUCGCCACGUGCUUCUCGUCUCUUUGCAAAGUUCGUGUUCACCGUCGUCGACGAUGUUUUCAUGACCGUGAUCUUGUUGUGUUGACUCGUCGAUCAAAUCGAACCACGGAUUCUCCGCGAUGCGAUCAAUUUGGGGCAUCUGGAUCCGUUCGUGACCAUCGGUCGUACAUACUGUUUCGACGACCAUGUGACGAACGAGACGCUUAUCUUCGACACGAGUUCAUUAUGGAGAUUCCAGCGUCUUUUCAUCGAGCGUACUAAUAGAAAUAGAAGGUAUCCGAACGCUAGGCGUUUUAAUCGAAUUGAUGAAUGAAUUAGGACGCAUUGCGAGGGAGGAUCGGUCCCAAGACAUCAUGAAGCAGCGAGUCCUACUGGCCCUCGCCAACUUGAUCACCUCCUACGCAUCUUUCCUAGCGGCUACUGGAGCGAAAGCGUCCACGAGGCAGAGGACGCAGAGCAACAAUCACAGCAACAUCAGCGAGCUACUGGACAAUCUUCUUCGCGGUUACGACAACAGCGUCAGACCAGACUUCGGUGGUCCACCAGCCACGGUUGAGGUCGACAUCAUGGUGCGCAGUAUGGGUCCGAUUUCCGAAGUCGAUAUGACAUAUUCAAUGGAUUGCUACUUUCGGCAGUCGUGGGUGGAUCGACGUUUGGCUUUUCAAGGUGGCAAAGAAACUCUGGCGCUCAGUAUAUCGAUGCUGGCAAGAAUCUGGAAGCCGGAUACGUACUUUUACAAUGGAAAGCACAGUUAUUUACACACGAUAACCAGCCCUAAUAAGUUCGUCAGGCUCUAUCAAGACGGCAGAGUGCUGUAUAGUUCAAGACUUACGAUCAAGGCUGGUUGUCCGAUGAAUCUUGAGAAUUUUCCGAUGGAUACGCAGAGAUGUCCAUUACAAUUUGGCAGCUUCGGUUACACGAAACGGGACGUGAUCUACAAAUGGAACAGCGCCCGACAAGUAGCAAUCGCCGAGGACAUGAAAUUAUCCCAAUUCGAUUUAGUUGCCAAUCCCACUGCGAAUUAUUCUGCAUCGGCGACGCUUUCACACGCGGAAUAUUCGAUGUUGCUGGUAUAUUUUCAUCUGCAAAGGCAUAUGGGUAAUUUUCUUAUACAAGUAUACGGGCCCUGUGUUUUACUCGUGGUCUUAUCUUGGGUCUCCUUCUGGUUAAAUCGAGAAGCCACUGCAGAUCGUGUAUCACUGGGUAUAACAACCGUAUUAACGAUGACAUUUCUGGGAUUGGAGGCGCGGACAGAUUUGCCUAAAGUUCCUUACCCUACUGCCCUCGACUUCUUCGUUUUUCUUUCGUUCGCUUUCAUUUUUGCCACCAUUAUACAAUUCGCGGUGGUGCAUUAUUUCACCAAGUACGGUUCCGGCGAGUGUUAUUUCAGCUCCGAUUUAAGCGAAAGCGAGAGUUCCAGCGACGAGGAGGAGGCGAAUACACGGCAAUUGCAGAAAGAAUCGGUACCCCAAUCACACAAAAGAACCGCUGGAAACCUAACGGCACGAGGGCACUCAAGUCGAAAUUUUACGAUGAAUGAGGACGGUAUGAUCGAAGUGAUACCGUUAUCAGCGAUCCCAGAACCCAGCAGAAAUCCUACAGUGGGCCACUGGCAGAUGUCCUGCGUGACCUGCAGCCCGCCCCCUCGUCAAGCUCCUCCGAUCAGAAAAGAGGGAUCCGGUCGAAGGCGACGCAGAAGAACGCCUAGAUACAAUUCCGUAUCGAAAAUCGAUCGUGCCAGCCGCAUCGUGUUCCCCGUGUUCUUCCUGGCUAUCAACGUGUUCUACUGGUGCGCGUAUCUGUCGAGAAGCGAGCGUAUCAAUUACUACAACGUGGACUCGAACGGCACGUGAAAUCGGUCGCUAAACGGGACAACCAAGGGAAAACAAGUGUACGAACGUUCUCCAUAGGAUUACUCAACGGAGAAGGAGAUGUCGAUUGACCAAUCUACGAUAUUACUUUAAGCGUUCAUUUAAUAAAAAUUGUUGGCCGGCGGGCGAUUUAUGACGACAAUGAGAGCUUUGGACGAGCGUAUGAACGAAUAUUACGUUAUCGUUCGUGAGUUUAAUCGUAUUAAAUAGAAAGGGACAAGGAUGCAUGAAUAUUAUGAGCAUUAGAAACAUUUGCAUUUGUAUUUUUAACUCUCUGUAGGGGAAGUUUCUAACUAUUGUUUAAAGAAAGUUGUUUAAACAAAGAUGUUAAUAAGUAUGGCAGAAUUUUUUUAAAAGUCUGAAACAGCAAGAAGGUGUAUGUUUGGAUAUAAACGAUCCAAUUUCUAUAUUGAAAAGAUAUAUUUUAUAAGUUUGUAUACGGAACAUUAAAAAGUUGUGACAUUUUCCAAUUUCCUUUACGAUUAGCACAAUGAUACAUAUUUCAUUCGAAAUUCUGCACUCUUCGCAAUUGUUAUUCAAUACGAUUAACCUUGUGAACGAUGAUACUAAUAAAUAAUCGAUACCAACAAUACGGACGAAGAUAUGAGACCAGACUAGGAAACCUUAUGAAACGCUAUAUAAAUAUUUAGUAAAGCUUAAAAUGUGAGUUUGUAAUGUAUGCAAAGAAACUGAAGAGAUAAAUAUUAUUUAAAUCGGUUUAAAAAAUAAUUAUUGUUUAAAUUUUAUAUCUUGCUAAAUAGUGAUUCAUAUCUUAACACUUAAAAAAUGAACUAUAAUAGGUUUUUUGUGUUUAACACUUUAAAUAUAGUAGACGAAUUUAUAAUUUAAACACUAUCAUUAUUAGAUAGUAAACAGUAUAUAUUAUUAUUACUAUUUUAUGACAAUAAACGUUAUGUUCACGAUUCAAAAUAAAAUGAUAUAUGUAGAAAUAUCUCUUUACAAUAACAAUCAGAUGUAAAAAUAUCUUUUUAUAAUUCAUGACUUACAAGCCAUUCAAGGGUUUAUAAGCAUAUUUUUCGUUAGAAAAUAACAUUAUUCAUUAUUCUCGACAAAAAUGGGAAAAUUGUCUACGUUAAAAUGAGAUAUAUACACAUAUAUAUAUGAAAUAUUAUGUUCAAUCUUCUAAGCGUUAAAUUAUAGCACACGAAUAUAAGACGGAUAUAAAAAAUCCCUUAUCCGUACCAAUUAAUCAUUCUAAAUAGUGAUAAAUGUAUUGGAAAACACCAAUCUAUUUCUGUCAAUCACAAUCACAGAAAUUACUUCCUCCACUCUUGAAACAAGCAAUUGGGUCAACAAAUGAUUGUAUGACCAUGCUAGAACGAGAUAGCCGGUACAGUACUAAAUUGUACUCAUCAUUUCCAUUACAGAUAACGACUGAUUAUUAUAGGUUCGACCUUUGUCUAACAGUCAUAAAUGGUAACGAAUUAAAAUCGUCGUUUCAUAUUUUUAACCGUUAACGUGCCAUACAAUAGUUAAUAUUUAUGGUUUUCUUUCCUCGAAAACACAGUGUUCAAGUUAGUCUACUAUUUUCUUAGGAGAAAAUUUAGCUUUAAUACCUCCCUCGUUAGACUAUACAAAAUACGUGAACGAUGAAAAGAUAAAAGCUUUUCCUAUUUUUUCUCAAUUAUCGACUUUUCUUCCUUCUUAAUUGUCAAUAAAACGAAAUUUUAUAAUGUCGCGAUAGCUGUAACAUUCAAUCUGUUUCAGAGAAUAAAUUAAUUCUCGCCUUCCGUGCAUGUGUGGAAAAAAAGAUUUCAAACGUAAAUGAUGCGAUAAAGUUUAGGACAAAUAUAUAAAAAUUGUUUGAAAUUCCUACUUGAAUGUAAGUUGCAUCAAUUGCAGAAAAAAAAUUGUGCCAGUCUGAUCUAAUAAUAAAAUAUCGGUGAAACUUACGGAAUAAAUUUUAAUCACUAGAAGAACGUUUAGUGAGUGAAAUGAUAUAAAUAUUCAAUGGUAAUUGCGUAUUAGGUGCGACAAUAAAAAUCAAUUUUAAAAACAGUCCGUUGUUAUUUAUUGUAACAUAUAUACACAAAAUAUGUACAUACAAUAUAGCCUGCUAUAAUAAAAUAAAGAUAUGUAGUAUUUUUCAACAUAUGGAGUAUAGUGAGCUAUACAUAAUACAUCUCCUCUAUGAAAAUACUAUUAAAUAAUGAGAAAUAUAAUACAAAUACAACAAUAGAAUUCUUUCAUUUCUUAUAACAAAUUUGUAAAAAAAACAACAAAAUAUCGUUUAUUUAGCUUCGAGAUCAUAGUAUUACUGUUUCAUGUUUUGUACAUAUUUUUAAAUACUUCCUUAAAUUGUUCUGUUUCUUAAUAUUUAAGAAAUUUCUAUUUUUUAUUGAUAGUAUGUGCUUCAGUUAAUUGUUUUUCCUUUUUAACACAAAACAAAUAUUUCUUUACUGAUAACAAAUUAUACAUAAUACUUUCUUAUCUUUCAUCAUAUUUUAUGCAAUACUUAUCUCAAACAGUUCAUAUUUACAAUAAUUUUCGUUUGACUGAUACAAUGAAAUGCGAAACGCCAUAAUGAUGAUAAGUUCGUUAUUAUAUUGAUGUUGUAUUAGCUUUUAUAAACAUAUUCUGUUGUUCAAAAUUUUCAAAAUGAACAAUAUUCACGCCAUUCAAUUAGCACGCAUGUUGUAUCAUUAAUGCUGACAUUAAAAAUCUGUAUUGUUUCUAGUAAAUAAAAGAGAACUUAGAAAUAAAAACAGGAGAAAAAGGAAAUAAGAAAUAAAUAAAAAAUUUCUCUGUAGCAGAAAUAUUCGUACUUCCUAAUUUCCAUUUUCGUUAUUACAUGCACGUUGAAAUGUGUGACCAUAAUAUAUCUCAAUUUCAAAUAUCCUGCAUACAAUAAUAAAACAUGUGCAUACAUAUAUAUAAUCAUAUAACUUUCAUUUUUAAGCAUAAGGUGAAUGAUGCAUUUCGGCACAUUCAAAAUAUGCAAACAUUAUCGUUUGAUGAAAACUCAUACAUGUUUCCUUCUACAAAGCAACAGGUGUCCUAUCCAUCUUCGUUAUUUAUCACUUUAUUACCAAUUUAUCACAAAGAUUUCUGGCACAUUUAAUCACUUCAACUUUCGCUAAUAUCGUGCUUACUUUAUAAUAAGCCUCUGUAAUAUAUUUAUUGAGAGACUAGUAUGUAGUAUCGCAAUAAGCACUAUACGUAUAUACUACAUAUGUAUGUAUUAAUUUCUCUUGAUCAUAAUGCCUCUACAAGAUAGCAAUCGUCUACGAAUUCAUGUUUUUCAAGUUUCGAAAACACAUUAAGCCGUAUAUUUUUUUAAAUGUGCUUUUUCUAUUUGAGAUAUUUUAUAAUUUUUAUAAUGAACAAGAAUAUUUUAAAUUGAGAAUGACACUGUUUCAGGAUAUUACAGUUCAGGAAUUUGCAUUUCUUUUGUUUAAAUUAUUCUGAUAACUUCUUUUAUUGAUUAUUACAACAUAAAAUUUGCUAUAGCUUGUAAACAAGGUCAAACAGGCAUAUAUUUAUAUGAACUUUUUUCAGAUGCUGGAUCAAUCCCUGAGAUAUUGUCUAUUACUCAUAUUACAAGAGAUUUACUCCAUAUAUUGAACGACAUAAUUAUUAAAUAUUAAAUGUUAAUAUUUGUUAUAUAUAAAUCUAUUUUUUUGAUAAGAUUGAUUUUUAAAAAAUAUGAACAAAUAUUGCAAUACUUUUUGAUACAAAAAAUAUUAAAAUAUAAAUUAGAAGCUUAAGAUCCAUUGAUGCUUCUGAAUUCCGAAAUUAAUAAAACCAAUAAAUUCUUUUAUGUCUUAUUUAAAGUAACCAUAAUAUUAAGAAAUGCUUUAAUAUAAAUAUAUAAUACAUAAAAAAUAUAUAACAUAAACAUUAUAUAUGCUUUUAAUAUUUAUUGUUACUACAUACACACAUACAUAUAAUGUAACAUAUAUAUGUAAUAUAUGUAAACUAUAACUUCAUUGCUGAGUUAAACAUAGAUUCAUACAUAUAUUUUAUGUAAUUCUCGCUGUAUGCACCAGGCAUGCAAUGUUUUAAAUGUUAUAAAAAUACUUAGGCAUACAAGUAAAUACAAAAUGCUAAUUCUAUCAAUAACCACAGACUAUCAUAUAGAUAUAAUUUUUUGGCAAAUCUUUUCUUUCAGUUUCUUUCAAGAACAUUUAUCAAAAGGUAAUAUUAAUAAAAAAUAUUCAAUAUUAGUAAUGUUUUUAUAUAUUUGUACUGUCAUUUUGUAUUUGAAUUGAAACACUAAUCAUUUUUAAUAUUAUUUAAGAUACUAUUUUAGCUAAAUUUGAACAUGUUACAUAUAACGCUAUAACACUGUAUACUUUUAUAUGCAAAUUUCCAUAUUAGUUAAAUAACAAUUAUGUAUUGUACAUGUAACUGAACAAUUUUUAUAUAAUAAAGCAUCUUUAAUUAAACAAAAAUAUAUAUAUAUAUAUGAACGAACAUUGAAAAAUAUUUCUUGCAUAUGUCAUAAUAAAUAAAUAAUUAUAUUAGUAAUUCAAACAAUUAGGAAGACCAAAAAAUAUAAAUGAGAAUGAAAUAAUUAUAUAUUGCCAAAUUAUCAAGAUGAUGUAAUCAUUUUUAGUACAUCACCUAAC